AUGACGGUGGCAGCGGGGAUCGGGUAUGCCUUGCUGGCAUUAGGACCUUCCCUCGCUCUCUUCGUCACUGUCAUCUCCAAAAAGCCAUUUCUGAUCCUCACCGUCCUCUCAAGUACUCUGCUAUGGCUGGUGAGCCUAAUCGUGCUGUCUGGAUUCUGGCGCCCAUUUCUCCCUCUCAACUCCGCCGCUUCCUGGCCGUUCGCCGUGCUUAUUAUCACCUCCGUCGCGUUUCAAGAAGGCCUCCGGCUGCUUUUCUGGAAAGUUUACAAGCGAUUGGAAGAUAUGUUGGAUGCGUUUGCAGACAGGGUAUCGAAGCCACGGUUGUACCCUACUGAUAAGAUGCUAAUUGCUCUGGCUGGCGGUUUAGGUCAUGGUGCAGCUCAUGCUGUUUUCUUCUGCCUGAGUGUUUUAACUCCAGCAUUUGGUCCAGCGACAUUCUUCGCUGAUCAAUGUCCGAAGCUACCAUUUUUCCUUGUUUCAUCAAUUAUUGCUCUUGCGUUUGCUACAAUUCACACAUUCUCGAUGGUGAUUGCCUUCAAUGGCUAUUCAGAUGGGAAUAAGCUGGACCAGCUUUUCGUCCCUGUGGUUCAUCUUGUCGCAGGAAUGGUGACGCUGAUCAAUUUCACGACUGGAGGGUGCAGUAUUGGGAUCCCGAUCCUCUACAUAAUCACCAUCUUGACCCUUCUGCAUUGUGGGAAGAUGGUGUGGGGAAAACUAACAGAGAACCAAAUCCGUCUAUAG